AUGAGUUUUCGUCUUCCUGCUGCCGAUGUCGUUGAUGAAGAUGGCCCUAGUCAAUCCAGCAGCGACGAAGACGAUGAUGACCAGAUGUGGGAUGAUUGGGUAUCCGAUUCUGCUCGUCAACCGUGUCGGUCUUUAUUCGAGGAGAAAUCUUUUCCUAGCGUUGAAGAAGCGCUCAAAUACGACAAUGUUACAUACGGCUUUGAUUUGAACGGAACCUGUGCAAAACUUUCACUGGACACACACGGUCGUAUCAGACUCAUCAACUAUAUUCGAAAACAGAAAACUCCGGCAGCACAGGUUGCUGCGCUCACAGGGACGGAACCUUUCUUCGAGUCAGAUCAAUACUUGAUUCCGGUAGUUGAAGACGAUCCGUUACUGCAAAUCCAGGCCGAUGACUGGUCUGACUCCGAUGAUGAAGAUACCUCUGAUCCUAACCGGCGAAUCAUAGCGCUGAAGAAAAAACUGGCCCGUACACAGCAAGAGUUCCUCGAGUAUCGGACUCUCGUUUCUAGGAAGAUAGGCCUUUCCAGUCUUGUCGAUGAGCCUAGCACAUCAGAGCCUCGACCCCGCGACGAUGAUACCCACUACUUCGAAAGCUAUGGCGCUAAUGAUAUACAUGCAAUCAUGAUUCAAGACAAAGUCCGGACUUCGACAUACGCCGAAUUCAUCUUGACCAAUCCCAGUAUUUUCGAAGAUGCCGUGGUUCUUGAUGUCGGUUGUGGGACCGGUAUAUUAUCACUCUUUGCUGCGCGUGGGGGUGCCAAGCGUGUUUAUGCUGUCGAUGCCAGCGAUAUCGCCGACAAGGCAGAAAAGAUCAUCAAGGUGAAUGGAAUGGAAGACGUCAUCACUGUCAUUCACGGCAAGAUUGAGGACCUCACGAUCCCAGAAAAGGUCGAUAUUAUAAUAUCCGAAUGGAUGGGAUACGCCUUGUUGUAUGAGUCAAUGCUUGAUUCUGUCCUAAGUGCUCGUGAUCGUUUCUUACGUCCCGGUGGUAUCAUGGCACCUAGUCAGUGCAAGAUGAUGCUUGGACUCUGUGACGCCGGCGAGAUCCUAAAAGAUCGUGUCACCUUUUGGAACGAUGUGUACGGUUUUGAUUUAUCAGCGAUGUCCGAUGACAUGUACGAUGAAGCCAUCAUCGAUGUCGUUGGCCCCAAGACGAUAAUCAGUGCUCCGUACACGAUAAAGGACCUGUAUCUUGGAAAUAUAUCCACACGGCAGCUCAACUUUUCAUCUCCGUUCACGCUCGUGUCUAGAGCGGAGCGGCGGACCAAAGUAACGGCGUUUGUGCUUUACUUCGAUACGUUUUUUACGAAAACAGGGAAGCCCGUUUCUCCGAGUACGCAAGUCAAGGUGGUCAAAGAGGACGAGGUUGUCUUGGCCGAGGUAUGGCCGGUGGGUGGGAAAACGCCGCCGCAGCGGAGGCCAAGCCAGGGGGCAGACCGAGAAAAGGUUACGAGCUUCAGUACCGGACCUCAGAGUAUCCCUACGCACUGGAAACAAGCGCUCUUCUUGUUGAGGGAGCCUAUCGUUGUGGAAGAAGGUUCCAAGGUCCGAGGAACGUUCUAUUGUCGCAAGAGCGAAAGUAACUCUAGGGAGCUGGAAAUCGAGAUUCACUAUGUGAAACAGGAUUCUACUGGUGCUGAUGAAUCCAAAGACCUCGUGGUGCAAAUGUAUACCGUGCGAUAGAACUGAAAAGUGAUGGAUUGUGUUCAAAAUUGGACACGUAGUAGCAAUACUGUAUUUUUUUUGGUGAUCUGAUGUUUCAGUGCAUCAGUUGUAUUACAUCUAAUCGUACAUUUGCUUUCAUCAUUGUUCCACUUUAAAGCUUUUCCUUGAGCUCCUCAAAGAUCUUGGUUAGUUCGGCCUUCUCAAUCUGCUGUGUUGGCCAGCCAAUUACCAAGCCCUCCUUAUCGCUGUCGGGCUUGGGGAUAACGUGGAAAUGAACGUGGUCGACCACCUGUCAGUCAAGCUUUAAUAUAGAUAAUCUAAGUGCGAAUAGACAAUUGAAACAUGCCUGGUGAGCAACGCGCCCGUUAUUUUGGAGAACAUUGUAGUUCUCAGCGCCCUGCGCAAUGGCGAUCCGCUUCGCGAUCGGCAGGAUGUCGGUAAGAUGUUCGUCGGGAAGUUGAUGGAGUUUCUCUGCGUGAUCUAG